GUUAAUUGUAUUAUCCUACACCCUGCCAAACCAUAUCAUGUUAAUAUUUACUAUCUUGCUUUCUGUGACAUUCGUUCUUCGAAUAAAGCAUAUUUGUGCUAUAAACUUGAACAUACUGUGUUAUUCUUAUUUCCUACAAAGACUACAACAGUUAGAAUUAAAAUAA